AUGGAGAACCCAACAGUGACACUGCCUGUAGCCCCUGACGCUAAGACAGUGGUCACAGUACAGUUGCAAGGCCAAAAUGAUGCAGAAGAAGCGCCGCCAGUCCCGAAACGGCGUGGCUCAACGUUCAUGAGCUUCGUAGCUUCAAUCUUGGGUUCCAAGAGCCCGGUCACAUUCCCGGUGGACCCACUAAAAAAUAAUGUGUGGCUUCUGGACAAUACAGCCUACCAGUCUAUAACUGACGCGGGCCAGUCGCAAUGGCACGCAGAAGUCGUAGCCUGCAUCUUUGAGAAAGAGGGUCGGAAAGAAAUCGACAAGCUCGUAAUCGAGAUAGCCAGUUAUCUAGGCUUGGAUCCAUCGGGCCAAGAUACCGAGAGGACGCGCCAGCGUAUCGCGCACAGAGUACAGCCCUUCCUAGACUUUGUCUCGCUGGGUGGAUCCAUCACGCUAGAUGUCAAAGUCGAAAAGCCGCAGUCGCAUCAGCUUGGACCGUCGGAUCGCAACGGCAUCAUCACGCAGACAAUCGAGCUGGACGGGAGCAAUGUUGUAGACGGCACAGUCGUGCAGUCAACGCUGCAGAGUUUUCAUUCAAAUGGACCGGCGAUGGCGACGAGAUUCGCCGCGCCGGAGGGCUGGAUUAUUAUCAGUGAUAUAGACGACACGAUCAAACACACGAUGACGAUGCAGCCUUCAGGGAUUCUGAGGACGACUUUCGUCGAAGAGCCUGUGCCUAUAGAGGGUAUGCCUGAUUUCUACCAAUAUGUGCAGAAAGAGCUGCACCCGGCAUGGUUCUACCUCUCUGCAUCACCGUACAACCUGUACCCAUUCCUGCACAAGUUCCUGCACGAGAAUUACUGUCCUGGCACGUUGUUGCUGCGCGACGACUAUGUCUUGAAUAUCAGCGGGUUGAUCAAAGUGUUCACUGCGAAUACGCAGCAGUAUAAAGUUGGCCGGAUGGAUAAGAUUCAUGAGUGGUUCCCUAAGCGGAGAGUACUUGCUAUAGGAGAUUCUACGCAGAGAGACCCCGAGGCUUAUGCGGAGAUCUAUCGUCGGUAUCCGGGGUGGAUUCAUGCGAUUUGUAUUCGAAAGGUCUUUGAUGUGGCGAAUAUGGAUGAGAAUAACAAGCCUGAGAGAUUUGAAGCAGCUUUCAAGGAUGUUCCCGAUCAUGCUUGGACUGUUUUCGAGGAUCCGAAGGAACUGUAUAGCUUUGUGGAUGGGCUGGGGAUGGAGGAUCUUGCAUUAUAG